GGACAGCAGGUGCGGGUUUCCCAACAGCUAAGGCCAGAUCCUGGGUUUGUGCUAUCGCGUGUUGAUGUCUGGAGAGAUAACCAUGUGUGACUCUGAGUUUGGCAAUGGCAAGGCAAAGGAGCCAAGUAUAUCUGGAAAGUGGCACAUGUCCUGGUACGAGCGGCUGCUGCAGCCCUGCCUGGUUGAGCUGCUGGGCUCUGCCCUCUUCAUCUUCAUCGGAUGCCUGUCUGUUAUUGAGAAUAGCCCAAACACUGGAGUGCUGCAACCAGCCCUGGCCCACGGGCUGGCCCUGGGGCUCAUCAUCGCCACGCUGGGGAAUAUCAGUGGGGGCCACUUUAACCCUGCGGUGUCCCUGGCGGCCAUGCUGAGCGGAGGCCUCACCCUGAUGAUGCUCCUUCCCUACUGGAUCUGCCAGCUGCUCGGGGGGCUGCUUGGGGCUGCCCUGGCCAAGGCGGUGAGUCCUGAAGAGCGGUUCUGGAAUGCAACUGGGGCAGCCUUUGUGACAGUCCAGGAGCAGAGGCAGGUGGCAGGGGCAUUGGGUGCAGAGAUCAUUCUGACAACACUGCUGGUCCUGGCUGUGUGCAUGGGUGCUAUCAAUGAGAAGACCAAGAGCCCUCUGGCCCCAUUCUCCAUUGGCUUCUCCGUCACUGUGGACAUCCUGGCUGGGGGUGCUGUGUCUGGAGCCUGCAUGAACCCAGCCCGUGCCUUUGGACCUGCUGUGAUCGCCAACUACUGGCGCUUCCACUGGAUCUACUGGCUGGGCCCACUCCUGGCUGGCCUGCUUGUGGGACUACUCAUAAGGUUCUUCAUUGGAGAUGAGAAAACUCGUCUCAUCCUCAAGGGACGGUGAAGCAGAGCUGGUGGGAUCCCUGCUGCUACUGGUGCCCUCAGCUGAGCCACCCCAUGCUUAGGACAGGACAGCUUCUGCACUUCCUGCCAGG